CACGGCUUUGUAUCUAGGGAUAAACAAUAUGGUGGAAUAAAGUGUGUUGGAAUUUAAUACUGCAGGUUAUCCCUCCAACUUUAACAAUGUCUCGAGCCCAGGCAGAGAGUGUCAUCAAAAACAUUAUCAGGGAAAUUGCCCAGGAAUGUGCUAGUAAAGGACAAGCUGUGUCUGAAACUCUUGUUGCUUUUAUGGUGAAGGCAGUGGUCUUGGAUCCAUCAAAUGAGUUUAAUGUGGACAGAACACUCACCAAAGAUGAUGUUCAAAAGCUUAUCAAGCUCUGUGUUGACAGGCUUAUGGACAACAGGUCCCCUGCAUUGGAAACUGUCAAAAUGCAGGUGUAUUUUGACAUGAACUAUACAACACGUUCUGACUUUUUGGAGGAGCAUAGGAGAGUAUUAGAGUCUCGACUGCAGCCUGUGAUAAGAGAAAUCACAGAUAGCCGGGCACGAACACGGGAGGAACUGGAGAGUUUGUACAGAAAGAUAGUGUCCGCGGUGCUGCUGAGGUCAGGGUUAGGGAGUCCCACAGAUAUUGCAGUGGUCAGAGAGGCAACUGCUGCUUUGCAGAGUGUUUUUCCCCAAACAGAGUUGGGAACUUUUAUGUCAUUAACAAAGAGAGACAAGGAAAGACAACUCCUUGAGCUGACCAUGAUUGUGACCGGAAUUCGACUGUUUAACAAGGAGUGUGGAAAAGGAGGAGAAGGAAUAGAUGACUUGCCUGCCAUAUUGAAUGAAGCUGUUCCAGCCACCACACAGAACGUGGAUGCCGAGAUUCAGGCAACACUGAAAUCAGCCAACAAAUACACAGCUUUGAUUGAAAAAAGUUUGUCUGGAGAUUCCAAAGAGGGUCCAUCACUACAGUUACUAAAGGAAGCUUUAAUCAACACAAGACAGCAUGAGGCAUUCCUCCGAGUUAUACUGAAUGAUGUUAUAAGUUGUGCCCAACAAGUUGAAUUAUUAGAGCAACAGCUUGCAACAAGAAUGGAACAGCUUCAAGCUACAGUUCAGUCUAAAACAGCUGUUCCAACUGCUCAAGUCUACCCCCAGUUCAUCCAUCUGUCACAGCUAUGGAGUGGUUUUCAGGAUGAAAUGGUUUUACUUAGUGUUCUCAGUAAUAUCUUAGCUAGUUUGGAGCCAUAUACCAGGGGACAUAGAGAACUGUUCACUGAUGAAGCAUUGAGUCCAUUUUUGGAGGGUGUAACAGUUAAAACUGAUGAACAGAGAAUUCAAGAGACAUCAGGGCCUGAGAAUAGAGUGAAUACUAAGGAUUUCAAAGACGCAGAUUGGUUGUUUCCAGAAACCACUAAAAACUUUACUAAACUUCCACUCCAGUACAGGGGCUACUGUGCUCUGUCCCUAGCAAACUUUGACCGGCUUCUGAUCCCGUCCAACCCCGAGGUGGGGGUGCUGAGGUACAAGGACCACUAUUACGCCUUCUCCAAUAAGAAUGCAGCCGCAGAGUUCGCCCAGAAUCCUGACCAUUACAUUCGACUGGUGGCAGAAGGUGCCAAAAAGAGUCCGGAACUCAUACAGCUGUUAGAACUACACACUCAGUUUGCAACAAUAACGCCAUAUUCACAGGGAAAGGAUCAGGGUAGAAUGAUAGAGAAGCCCGUCACUAAGUGUGACAGUGGCACACAGACAGACACUCAUUUCAUGGAGUCCAACAUUGUCAAGUCAUACGAGUGGAAUGAAUGGGAACUUAGGCGGAAAGCUAUAAAACUGGCUAACCUACGAACUCGCAUCACCCAUUCAGUUCAAACCAAUCUCAGUAACAUGCGAAGGGACAAUGCAAUUCAAGUUUGGCCUCCAAAGGAUCAAGAAACCCAGACAAAAACGGACGCCUCCACCAAUGUGCCCCGCCCCCAGGUGUUCCUGGCCGGGCUACGUGGGGGUGGAAUGUCUACAGCCACCCAAAUGGUCAAAGUGGACCUCACCCAGGAUGUGGACCAGACGUAACCGUCGUCCUUAUUGUUGAUGCUAUCGACAGGAUUCUCACCAGUGUACACAGGAAUGUGACAUUUCAGACUGCUUUAGAAAUGACCAGCCUCUCUUGGAUGUUUUACUUAUAUUGUUUUGUGAUAACCAUGCUACCUUUCAGUUAUUAAAUGUGUAUCAAAAAGGUA